UUGUACCCAGAAUUUGAAAGCUGGCGUCCGGGGAUUCAGCAUCCGCUCCAGGCCUAGAGCCUGGAAUGGCGUCUGAAUCCACGCCUGGUAUCGGAAACUUUGCUAUCCUCGCCUGUCAAUGGAUCGGAGACACCCUCGGGGUGUCACCCCAAGCCGUUUCGUCCACACUUGUGAUCUUUUUGGUUGGAUUGGCAUCGCUUGGUCUUGUGUAUGGCCUUAAAUGGUUCAGUGGGAGGGGCCAGGCAGGGGGAAAGCCCUCAAAGGUUAUAUUGGUGGCGGUGUUGGUGGUGAGCUACAGCCUGUGCAGCAGCAUGCUGCUCAUCCUCAACAAGGUGGCAGUCACGUACAUCCCUGCGCCGUCGUUCAUUCUGUUCUGUCAGUUGGCGUCCUGCGCGGCAUACGUGAAGUUUUCAGCGAUGGCGGGCUUCAUUGAGGCUGAGGGGUUGGAGUGGGACAAGUCCAAGAAGUUUGCCCUCAUUGUGGCUGGCUUCAUCGGCACCCUAUUCUCAAAUGUGACAUCGCUUCGGUAUGUUCCUGUUGACACGAUUAUCUGCUUCCGGGCUUCUUGCCCGAUCGUGAUUGCCAUCAUUGAGUACUUCUAUUUGGACCGGGAACUUCCCUCCUUGAGGUCGUGGGGAGCUCUAUUAGGCGUCUUUGCGGGAGUGACUGUUUACACGUUCCAUGACAUCCACUUCACGGUUAUUGGCUAUGUGUGGAUCGGCAUCUGGUACUUCUUCGCCGUGUUUGAGAUGGUCUACGUCAAGAAGGUUGUGGACACUGUACAGAUGACCACAUGGUCCCGCACCUACUACCAGAACACACUGGCGAUGCUGCCAAUGCUGGCCAUCACGCUGAUGAGUGGGGAGGUGGAGACGCUGUCCAAGCAGCAGUGGUCGGCCGGGGGUGUGGCCGCGCUGGUGGCCUCCUGCCUGGGCGGCCUGGGCAUGAGCUACUUCUCCUUCGCGCUGCGCGCAGUCAUCUCGGCCACCUCCUUUUCAGUCAUCGGCAACGUCUGCAAAGUGCUCACCAUCCUCGUCAACCUCCUCAUGUGGGACAACCACGCAAAUGCGCUGGGAACUGUGGGGCUUCUGUUCUGCCUGGCGGCCGGGUCCGGCUACCAGCAGCCGCCGCUGCGCAGCGUGCGCAGGGAGGCAGCCAAGGACCAGGAGCCUCUUCUUCUCAAGAAGGACAACCGGAAGGAGAACAUUGUUUGA